CGCGCAGGCGCUUAGAGGAUCGCACCGCGCAGGCGCCGCUCCCGGGCCAAUAUGGCGACUGUGCUGAUGCUGCUGCGCGUCCUCCGCCAGGGCCCGGGUCCAGGCCCGGGCUUCGGGCGGCUGCGGGGCCCCAACCCGGGCUGGAGGCCAGGCCUCUCCGCCGGGGCCGGGAGGAGGCGGCCCUACUGCUCCCAGAGGCCUCCGGUGGGUCCCGCCGGGCCUGGAGGCCGGGCCCCGCAGAGCUCACAGUUGUGGCUGCCAUCCCCGGCCUUUCAAGUGAUCAGCGGGUCAUUACUGAAACAACAUCUAAUUCAGAAGCCAGUCAAUCUCUGGAAAAUUUUAGGUGUUACUUACUAUUUUAACACCUCAAGGAUGAAACAGAAGAACAAGGACAGUGAUAAAUCCAAGGGGAAGACUCCUGAAGACGAUGAAGAGGAGAGGCGGCGCAAGGAGAGGGAGGACCAGAUGUACCGUGAGCGGCUGCGCACCCUGCUGCUCGUCGCCGUCAUCAUGAGCCUCCUGAAUGCGCUUGGCAGCAGCGGCGGCAGCAUCUCCUGGAGCGACUUCGUCAACGAGAUGCUGGCCAAAGGCGAGGUGCAGCGCGUCCAGGUGGUGCCUGAGAGCGACCUGGUGGAGGUCUACCUGCAUCCUGGAGCUGUGGUGUUCGGGCGGCCGCGGCUGGCCUUGAUGUACCGAAUGCAGGUUGCGAACAUCGACAAAUUUGAAGAGAAGCUUCGCGCGGCGGAAGAUGAGUUGGGCAUCGCAGGCCAGGACAGGAUCCCAGUUUCCUACAAGCGUUCGGGAUUCUUUGGAAAUGCCCUUUAUGCCGUGGGAGUGACUGCGGUGGCUGCGGCCAUCCUGUGGUACGUCUUCCGCCUGACUGGAAUGACGGGAAGGGAAGGUGGAUUCAGUGCUUUUAAUCAGCUUAAAAUGGCUCGUUUCACCAUCGUGGAUGGGAAGAUGGGGAAAGGAGUCAGCUUCAAAGAUGUAGCAGGAAUGCACGAAGCCAAAUUAGAAGUCAAAGAGUUUGUGGAUUAUCUGAAGAGCCCGGAGCGUUUCCUGCAGCUUGGUGCCAGGGUCCCGAAGGGCGCCCUGCUGCUCGGGCCCCCCGGCUGUGGGAAGACCCUGCUGGCCAAAGCGGUGGCCACGGAGGCCCAGGUGCCCUUCCUGGCAAUGGCCGGCCCGGAGUUUGUGGAGGUCAUUGGAGGCCUUGGCGCUGCCCGUGUCCGCAGCCUCUUCAAGGAGGCCCGCAGCCGCGCCCCCUGCAUUGUGUACAUCGACGAGAUCGAUGCCGUGGGCAAGCAGCGCUCCUCCGCCAUGUCCGGCUUCUCCAGCACUGAGGAGGAGCAGACACUGAACCAGCUCCUGGUGGAGAUGGACGGGAUGGGCACCACCGACCACGUCAUUGUCCUGGCGUCCACCAAUCGAGCAGACAUCCUGGACAGGGCUCUGAUGCGGCCAGGCAGGCUGGACCGGCACGUCUUUAUCGACCUCCCCACCCUGCAGGAGCGGAGGGAGAUCUUUGAGCAGCACCUGAAGAGUCUGAAGCUGACGCAAGCAAGCAGCUUUUACUCUCAGCGUCUGGCAGAGCUGACGCCCGGAUUCAGUGGUGCAGACAUUGCAAACAUCUGUAACGAGGCCGCACUCCACGCUGCGCGGGAGGGACACAAGUCUGUGCACACGCUGGACUUUGAGUAUGCUGUGGAGCGCGUCCUUGCAGGGACUGCCAAAAAGAGCAAGAUCCUCUCGAAGGAUGAGCAGAGAGUUGUUGCGUUCCACGAGUCAGGCCACGCCUUGGUGGGCUGGUUGCUGGAGCACACGGAGGCUGUGAUGAAGGUCUCCAUAGCACCGCGGACAAAUGCUGCCCUGGGCUUCGCCCAGAUGCUCCCCAGGGACCAGCAUCUCUUUACCCAGGAGCAGCUGUUCGAGCGGAUGUGCAUGGCCCUGGGCGGCCGUGCCUCCGAGGCCCUCUCCUUCAACAAGGUCACCUCUGGGGCGCAGGACGACCUGAGGAGAGCCACCCGGGUCGCCUACUCCAUGGUGAAGCAGUUCGGGAUGGCACCCAGCAUUGGCCCCAUCUCCUUCCCCGAAGCCCAGGAGAGCCCAGCAGGAGUCGGGCGGCGCCCCUUCAGCCAGGGUCUGCAGCAGCUGAUGGACCACGAAGCCCAGCUGCUGGUGGCCAGAGCCUACAGGCACACUGAGAGGGUACUGCAGGACAACCUGGACAAGCUGCAGGCGCUAGCGGGAGCUCUGCUGGAAAAGGAGGUGAUCAACUACGAGGACAUCGAGGCCCUCAUCGGCCCACCACCUCACGGACCCAAGAAGAUGAUCUCGCCCCAAACGUGGGUCGACAUCGAGAGGGAGAAGCAGGACACCGGGGAUGAAGAGGCCCCUCCACAGCCCCCUCUGCGUGGGGGAGAGCCGGACAAGGAAGAGCCGUCCUGGCCCAAAUAGUGUGGGCUGCCUCGAAGGUGCAGCGGGGGUCAGUGCCCCUCCACAGCCAGGAGUCGGCUCCGCUGUUCACCUGGGGGUCUGUCUGCCGAGGUCUGUGCCUCCCUUGACAGCCCUUGCUGGGCUCUGCUGACGGCUUUCUGAGAUGUUGUUACUGAUUUCCCCAUCCACUACCGAUCAACUUCUUUGCAGAGAUGAAUGAUUUAGUUUUGCAUCUCUAUCUCGUUUCGUCCAUGGGGAAGAAGUAUAAUGUGCGUUACAAGUGCAGCCUGGCCGGUCCUCACGGCCAUGGAGUUCACACACAUUCUCGUCUCAGUGGGCGGCAGGGCAGUGGCGAGGUUGGGGCAGUCCCCUAUUCGUGCCCAAGGCCUGGUGCUGGCCCCCCAGCCCUGCGGCUCCCCCUGUGCUGCCAAGAACCCUGCACUGUGCACACACAGCAGUGAGACACUGGAGUUGGCAAAGCGGGACCGAGGCCGUCUGGGUGGAAAUGUCGCCACCUGCUGCUGCUGGAGUGGACGCACGCUGUACGGGGAACCCUUGGUUUUCACUGCCCUGAGAACUGUUGUGAUGUUGUCAUACUUGACUAAUAAACUCCACAGAAUGGAGAAGCUUCCUCUGCACUGCGUGACCAGUUCUGGCCCAGUGGGAGCCGCUGGCUUUGGGUCCUGGGUCCCAGUAUCCUAUGCUGGCUGCCGGCAGCUGGAGCUGUAGUUCAGCAUCUCUGGGAAGCCCAGGAGUCCUCGACCCCCCAGGGGUGAUGCCCAGGACAGCCCAUCACUGUUGGGCAAACCAAGGGUGCUCGGUCCGGGGGCUGCAGGAGCAGGGGCUACUCAGUCAGGGCCUUUGGGGCUCACGCCUGUGGCUGUUACUGCUUCUGCCUGCUCAGCACAGCGUUUCCUGACGGCGAGCUUUCUUUUGGGGCUCUGCUUUCCAUGGGCAGGCGCAGCCACGCUCCUGAAGGGAGGCACUGGCGGGCCAGAGAGGACGUGGGCUCUGAAUUCAUCAGCAAAGGUCAGCCCAGAGCUGGAGGGCCCAUGCGGUGCCCUCCCAGCUGGGCAGCAGGGCUCACGGUCCUCCCUGUACUUUAACCAUCACACAGGUCCAGCUCGUUUCUCCUUUGGAAAACUGUUUGCCAAAGGAGGGUCAGGAGAAAGGCCUCGGCACAGUGAGCCACAGACACGGGGCUCCUCUGGCUAAGGAAGGAGCAGCCGGGUUUCCUGGCACUCCCUGUAUGAGGGGCUCGUCAGGUGGGAGAGUCCCCUUGGAUUCUGCUCUCCUGGAUGGAAAUGGGGGCCUUGGCAGCUUCCGGGCCUCUGAUGGCUCCUGACAGCCCAUCCGGGCACACGGUUCUGAGGAGUGUCUGCCUGGGAGCUGUGCUCAUCCUCUCACCCCUCUAGGGAGCUAGUGCAGGCCCAGAGGCUUCUCCAGUAGCUGCACUUGGUCUCUGUGGAGCAGCAAGCACUGCCUGGGAGGCCCGUGUGGCCAAUGCUGGGACGGCAGGAGCCCGGAGCACAGUCCUGGCCUCUGUCCUCCCAGCGGCCUGUUGGUGAACAGUGCUGGCUGGAGGGCUUCUUCUGAAAGCUGCCUGCACUCCAGCUCGUGUUUGAGGUGUCCUCAUGGACAUAAACACAUGUUCUUUAAGUGGAUAUAGUUUGCACAGCUAAUGAGCUCCAGAAGCUCAUUAAAAAAACAUUAAAAGAAAAAACUAACCCAUAGUUGUAAAGCCACACUGCUACUCAUUCUCUUCUCUGACCUGUACUUGAGGUGGGUUUUCACUGAUGUGAAGCAUCUCUCAGAUUACAGGAAUCUUGGGCUUAGCCUAAAUCUGACUUGUGUAUAGAGUGUGGCCGUGAGCUUGUGAUGAAGCAGGCCCUCCAUCUCCUGUGCUUGUUUGAGUUAGUGGAUGAUGGCUUGUCCUAAUUCAAUCACCAUCCCGUAUUCCCUAGUAAACAUUUAAGAUGCUAAUUUUUGCAAAGUGGUUUAGGGACAUUAAAAAAAAAAAAAAACACUAUAAAAUCACUGUGUUGUGAUA